AUGCUGGUGUGGAUUGGAUUAACGUCGGCCAACGUCAAAAUGAGUCUAGACAAACAUUGGAAUCUGUGGAAGAAAAAGCACAGCAAGGCCUACUCUCACCAGGUUGAGGAGCUGGGCCGUCGGAGAAUAUGGGAAGACAAUUUGGAGCUGAUUAACCUCCAUAAUCUGGAGGCCACCCUGGGUAUGCACUCUUUUGAAAUGGGCAUUAAUCACUUUGGAGACUUGACAUUGAAUGAGAUCCGAAGUAACUGGACUGGUCUGAAAGUACCGUCGGAUCUGGAGAGAGGUCCCUUCAACCUGAAUGUGGUGAAUGUGUCUCUGCCUGCGUCUGUGGACUGGAGGAAGAAGGGACUGGUGACUGGGGUCAAGACACAGGGCUCGUGUGGCUCCUGCUGGGCCUUCAGUGCAGCCGGGGCUCUGGAAGGGCAGCUGAAGAAGCACACCGGGGUCCUGAUGUCUCUGAGCACUCAAAACCUGGUCGACUGCUCCACCAAGUACGGCAACCACGGCUGUGCGGGCGGCUUCAUGUCUCACGCUUUUAAAUACGUCAUCAAAAACCAGGGCAUAGCUGCGGACAACUCUUAUCCGUAUCAUGGCAAGCGUGGUCACUGCAAGUACAACCCGGACUUUAAGGCGGCGAACUGCACUGGCUACACUUUUCUUCCACGUGGAGAUGACGAUGCUUUGAAGAUGGCUGUAGCAACUAUCGGCCCGAUUUCUGUGGCUAUAGAUGCGUCAAGACCCAAGUUUGUUUUCUAUAAAAGUGGUGUGUACAAGGACAAGCUCUGCUCUCAUACAGUCAACCAUGGAGCGCUGGUCGUGGGCUACGGGACUGAGGAGGGAAAGGACUAUUGGCUGGUCAAAAACAGUUGGGGCACUGGAUAUGGAGAAGGCGGCUACAUCAAGAUGUCCAGGAACAAGAAGAACCUCUGUGGCAUUGCUCUGUAUGCGUGUUUCCCAACCAUGUGA